UCCCCUUCUCUGCCAUUUACUUCCCUUGUUAUGCUCAUUUGACAGCUUCAUUUGCAAGUGAAGAUGGGAGGGUUAGCCCUGGAAAUCUGCUCUUGGCUGGAUCAAUAGCUGGUAUGCCUGCAGCCUCUUUGGUCACCCCUGCAGAUGUGAUCAAAACAAGGCUACAGGUGGCAGCCCGGGCAGGACAGACCACCUACAGCGGCGUCGUAGACUGCUUUGCCAAGAUCCUGCGAGAGGAAGGUCCAAAGGCUCUGUGGAAAGGAGCAGGAGCUCGUGUAUUUCGAUCUUCUCCUCAGUUUGGUGUAACUCUGGUGACUUACGAGCUACUGCAGAGAUGGUUGUACGUGGACUUUGGAGGAGUAAAACCAGCUGGAUCAGAUACAGUUCCUAAAUCUAGGAUCACGCUCCCUGCUCCUAACCCUGACCAUGUUGGCGGUUAUAAAUUGGCAGUUGCCACUUUUGCAGGGAUUGAAAACAAGUUUGGACUUUACCUACCUCGAUUUAAGCCAUCACCACCUACCUCAAAGGCUGCUGCAGCAGUAGGACCCUAAAUUUAUCGCUGUAGGGUUUUUGUUAUUAGUUGGGAAAGAGCCACUUUUCUAAUUGGUUAAUACUUUGUUCCUUUAGCUUCUCAUCAUAUAAAAGUUUAGCUUCAUUUGAGUUUUAAGGUAAUUUUCAUCUUAAACGUAAUCAUUUGUCUUUGUGCUUCCGUAACCAGAUCACUGUGAAAUUCUUACCAGUUGUUUUAAGUUUGGGACCAUGAAUGUAUUGUCCACAUCUGACAUGUGCUUGUGUUGGGAAGACACUAAUUUUAGGUUCCGUUUAUUAGGGAGGGCUGGGUGAGAGCUGUGAACCAGAUCAUUUUACAGGCAGUGCGCAGUUGCAGAUUACCAGGGCAGAUGUCGCACAUCGUCACUCGAAUGGAAAAACUCAGUGGAUAUCACGGUGCUCAAAGCAGAAUGAUUUUGACUGUAUGUGUAAAUUGGUUAUAAACUUGGUGCGUGUCUGCAGAGGUCAGCAAAUAUAUACCCGGUACCUAAGUAUGCCAGUACAGCUUCAACUUUUUAAAUCUGUACACGCACAACUUCUGUUUCUGGAUCGUAUUAUGAAGCUUUUAUGUGGAACAUGUUUUUGUAAUGAAAACCACAUUUAUAAAUGUUUAGCCGUUGUAUUAUGUUACUGGUAUCAAAAUGCUCAAAAGAAAGUGUUAUUGUCCAUAGUCUUUGCACUUUAUGGCAGAACUUUUGGCAUUCUACUACACAUACAAGGAAAUUUCAUAACUAGGUGCCUAUCUUGGGUUGCUGGUGUUUGAAAUUCAGUUUGUAUAUGCACUUCUAUAGUAAAACGCUGCUUGUUUAAAUAACUGCAAUAGAAAAUUCAUGCACUGUAUCAAUGGUACCUGCCUUAAUUGCUGGCUUGUAAUUGGCAAAUAGAUGGUUUCAGAUUCUUAUUUACUUCAUCAAGUCAAAAGAGAUUAAAAUAAUCUAAAAUAAAAGAUUUUACUUAAUUUUUGGUGCCUUGCACAGUGUUUAGAAAAUUCUGUAUUUAUGAAGAUAGAAAUAAACCUUUCAAACAGA